UGUAGAGGUGAAGGGUAUCCCCCUGAGGAGUGUCGGGAAAUUGAAGCAGGGCCCCUCAGGAAACCCAAAGCCUUUGCUUCCGCCGAGUUUCUGACCGGCCUGUGAAGAGAAUGGGUGAGCGGCCUCAGCCUAGUCCGCAGCCCGAUUAUCUCACACUUCCAUCCCGCUGCACCUCCCAGCCUCCCCCAACUCCAGCCUCCCAGCCCGCUGUUGCUCCCGCUCCAGCCAGGCCCCGGAGCCCGACGCGCAUGCGCCCUCCCGCGCCCUUGCCCAGCUUUCCACGUUUCACUUCCCUCCCUUUCCCUCCGCAACUCCCGCUCUACUUCCACGAUUGGCCAGAAGACCUCUUCGCCUCGGCCAAUAAACGCCGACCUGUCGCCUCCGUGUUACUGGGUAGAACAAAACAAAAACAGAGCGAAACUGGCCCGAGACGCUUCGAGGCGGCUGCAGGGGCUGAGGUGCUGCGUCGGGGCCGGCGGACCAGGGACGUGGACGAGCGGCGGCGGCGGCCCGAGGGAAAAGAGUUUUCCUGUGGGAUAUUGAAGUCUUGCAUUGAACUUGUGCAAACAGUAGUGGAUUUAGAAGGUCUGGGUUCUAAUCCUGGUUCUUCCAGUGAGCAGCUAUCUCUCUUUGGAGAGAUCACCUACCUUCUCUGAAUCUGUUUAGUUGUAUGCAAAGUGGAGUUCCUACCUCAAGAUUGUUCUGAGAGAAAUACAUCCCAGAGGAAGAGUUCCAUUUGGUAAUUUAAUCUGAGAGUGAAAUUAAGGAACGAUGGAUGUAGAAAACGAGCAGAUACUGAAUGUAAACCCUACAGAGCCUGAUAAUUUAAGUGACUCUCUCUUUUCUGGUGAUGAAGAAAAUGCUGGGACUGAGGAAGUAAAGAAUGAGAUCAAUGGAAAUUGGAUUUCGGCAUCCUCCAUUAAUGAAGCUAGAAUUAAUGCCAAGGCGAAAAGGCGGCUACGGAAAAACUCGUCCCGGGACUCCGGCAGAGGCGAUUCCGUCAGUGAUAACGGAAGUGAAGGCCUUAGAAGUGGAGUAACUGUACCAACUAGUCCAAAGGGAAGAUUGCUAGAUAGGCGAUCCAGAUCUGGGAAAGGAAGGGGACUACCAAAGAAAGGUGGUGCUGGAGGGAAAGGUGUCUGGGGUACACCUGGACAGGUAUAUGAUGUGGAGGAGGUGGAUGUGAAAGAUCCUAACUAUGACGACGACCAGGAAAACUGUGUUUAUGAAACUGUAGUUUUGCCUUUGGAUGAAACGGCAUUUGAGAAGACUUUAACACCAAUCAUACAGGAAUAUUUUGAGCACGGAGAUACUAAUGAAGUUGCGGAAAUGCUAAGAGAUUUAAAUCUUGGCGAAAUGAAAAGUGGAGUACCAGUGUUGGCGGUGUCAUUGGCGUUGGAGGGAAAAGCUAGUCAUAGAGAAAUGACAUCUAAGCUUCUUUCUGACCUUUGUGGGACAGUAAUGAGCACAAAUGAUGUAGAAAAAUCAUUUGAUAAAUUGUUGAAAGAUCUACCUGAAUUAGCAUUGGAUACUCCUAGAGCACCACAGUUGGUGGGCCAGUUUAUUGCUAGAGCUGUUGGAGAUGGAAUUUUAUGUAAUACCUAUAUUGAUAGUUACAAAGGAACUGUAGAUUGUGUACAGGCUAGAGCUGCUCUGGACAAGGCUACUGUGCUUCUGAGUAUGUCUAAAGGUGGAAAGCGCAAGGACAGUGUGUGGGGCUCUGGAGGUGGGCAGCAGUCUCUUAACCACCUUGUUAAAGAGAUUGAUAUGCUGCUGAAAGAGUAUUUACUCUCUGGAGACAUAUCUGAAGCUGAACAUUGCCUUAAGGAACUGGAAGUACCUCAUUUUCACCAUGAGCUUGUAUAUGAAGCCAUUGUAAUGGUUUUAGAGUCAACUGGAGAAAGUACAUUUAAGAUGAUUUUGGACUUAUUAAAAUCUCUUUGGAAAUCUUCUACUAUUACUCUAGACCAAAUGAAAAGAGGUUAUGAGAGAAUUUACAGUGAAAUUCCAGACAUUAAUCUGGAUGUCCCACAUUCAUACUCUGUGCUUGAGCGAUUUGUAGAAGAAUGUUUUCAGGCUGGAAUAAUUUCCAGACAACUCAGAGAUCUUUGUCCCUCAAGGGGCAGAAAACGUUUUGUAAGUGAAGGAGAUGGAGGUCGUCUUAAACCAGAGAGCUACUGAAUAUAAGAACUCUUGCAGUCUUAGAUGUUAUAAAAUAUAUAUAUAUAUAUGAAUUGUAAGAGUUGUUAGCACAGGUUUUUGGGGUUUUUUUUUAGCACUUGUUUUGGGUACAAGGCAUUUCUGAAAUUUUGUAAACUUACAUUUAAGGGAAAUUUUUAAAGGAAGUGUUUUUUCUUUUCCUUUUUUUUUGAGCAUGUAAAGGAGGGACAGAAAAGUAACCACUUCUUAAGUGGGAUAUUCUCAUAAGCUACCUUUUUUAAGUGCCAUGUUUAUGACAUAAUCAUUCCAAGUUUUGCAUUGAUGUCUGACUGCCACUCCUUUCUUUCAAGGACAGUGUUUUUGUAGUAAAAUCACUGGUUUAUACAAAGCUUUAUUUAGGGGGUAAAGUUAAGCUGCUAAAACCCCA